AUGGCGGACGAAGACUUUCCAUUUUAUAGACGAGGGCGAUAUGAAUACGAAGACAGCCUGGGAAGGUCGUCAUAUGACGUGAAGCGAAAUGUGAAAAACAAAAAGAAGAGUGAUGACGAAAAGUUUGCUCUGGGACGACGUGGAAUAUUGGUCUUUUUCACUCUUUCGGUCUUGACUUUGAUGGCUGCGUUAGAUGGAACAUCACUGUCGGUGGCCCUGCCGGAUAUCGCUCUUGAACUCAAAGGAACCGCCAUCGAGGCAUUCUGGAGCGGGACUUCAUUCUUGCUGUGCUCAACAGGAAAAGUGUUCCAACCCAGCUUCGCGUCAUUCUCCAACAUCUUCGGCCGUCGAUCCAUGAUCCUGAUCUCUCUUGUAUUCUUCGCUGUCGGUGCUGUGAUAUGUGCCAUUGCAAAUGAUUUCACAUAUAUGUUGAUCGGCCGGUCAAUCCAAGGUGUGGGUGGAGGCGGCAUUAUCUCACUCAGUGAGGUUAUCAUGACCGAUCUGGUCCCUCUUCGGUGGCGGGGACAAUACUUCGGCAUUCUCAGCGCGAUGUGGAGUGCUGGAUCUGUGACGGGACCUAUCCUUGGAGGUGGGUUCUCUGAGAAGGUGUCAUGGAGGUGGAUUUUCUACAUCAAUUUCCCUUUCAUUGGCGUUGGCGGGAUACUGGUCAUUCUAUUCCUCAACCUCAAACUAGCACCCAGCUCGUUGAUGGAAAAACUCGGUCGAAUUGAUUACGUCGGAACCAUCAUCUUUGUUGGAAGCAUGUCAUCCUUCCUGAUUCCACUCAGCUGGGGUGGUGUCUCCUACGACUGGGACUCGUGGAGGACCUUGGUCCCUCUUAUUGUUGGGGCAGUUGGUCUGCUUACCUUCGCGUACUAUGAGUACCGCUUCGCGUCCGACCCUAUUAUCCCUCCGGUGAUAUUCCAAAACAGGACAGCGACAGCCUCCUUCAUUGGGAGUGUCUUACAGGGCUUGAUCUUGUGGUGUGCUUUGUAUUAUCUUCCCCUCUAUUAUGAGGCAGUGAAGGAGUAUAGCCCCAUCAUCUCCGGCAUCGCACUGUUCCCCGAGACGUUCACCGUCGCACCAAGUGGGUUGGUAGUCGGCAUUCUCAUCACAAUCACAGGACGCUACCAAUGGGCAGUGUGGCUUGGAUGGGUCCUUUCAACAAUCGGAAUCGGUCUCAUGUGCCUCAUCAAAGCUGACACCAGUAUCUUGGGAUGGGUUCUUCUGAACAUCGUGCCUGGUCUCGGACUAGGUAUCCUGUUUCCUGCUCUUGGCUAUGCCGUGCAGGCCUCUUCAGAGCCUGAAAAUUUGGCGAUCGCAGUCGCCAUGUUCAGUUUCUUCCGCGCUCUGGGCCAAGCCAUCGGAGUCGCUGUUGGCGGCGUUGUCUUCCAGAACCGCAUGUUCCACAAUAUCAUGCGAUAUCCUGAGUUGGCCCCUAUGGCCAACGCCUACAGCAAAGAUGCAGCUGGUUUGGUUCAAGUUAUCAAGACCAUGGCUGAUGGCGCCAAUAAGUCAAAUCUGAAAGAUGCUUACACGGACAGUCUACGCACAGUUUGGAUAGUCUGCUGUGGUGUCUCAGGAGUGGCAAUGCUGAUCAGCCUCCUGACUGAGCAUUACGAUCUGGACCGUGCCUUAGAAACCAACCAGGGCCUUCAAGGAGACGAUGAUUCGAUCGAUGACGAAAAAGGCUGGAACAUGCGCACAGAACACACAGUUGUCAGGGAGACUCGGCCUUAUGCUUGGUAG